CCUAACUGCUGCCACUAAAAGAGAGAACCCAAUUGGAAUGCUAUCGUUUGGAAGAACCAAUUCCGCUGGGAACUGCAACAACUUGGUCUGAAAUUUCAGCACCCCCUGCCGGAAGUUCAGGUCAUCUUGCAGACUCUGCCUUAAAAGUUGGCCAUACAAGACCCGGGCAUCUUUCACGGUGCAUGGCUGAAAGGCACCCUCGAUUCAUGGCGAUUGCCAUCCUACAGUGGACAACGUGGUGGCUUCGGACGAAAUAGGAGGAGCAAAUCGUCAUUUUCUAGGGGAUGGCAGAGGAGCGUUGCAACUGGACGAUGGUGAAAAUAAAAGCGUGAGAGAAUCUGCAUUGAAGUUUAAACGCAAACGUUCCAGAAAUCCUACGGCGAAGGCUAAAAUCCAAUUGCGCACUCUUUCUCUGAAUUGAGGUGGAGGGAGGAGGGAAGGAGAACAGGAGGAGGAACUCGGGGGAGCACCUCCCAUUCCUUGUGUUUGCACAGUGGUGGUAGUCGGACAUGUGAGUGAGAGAGAGAGAGAGAGAGAGCGAGAGAGAUGGCCGCAAAGAAGAAGCUGCAGGAGUCGUUCUCGAAGUUCCUGAUAGAGGAGGUGAGGAGGUGGAGCAUGAUGCGGCAGACGGGCGUGAGCCUCAAGUACAUGAUGGACUUUGGAUCGAGGCCGUCAGAGCGCAACCUUCUCCUUUCCGCUCAAUUUCUCCACAAGGAGCUGCCCAUCAGGAUCGCCCGCCGCGCCGUCGAGCUCGAGAACCUCCCCUACGGCCUUUCUCUAAAGCAUGCGGUGCUAACGGUGAGAGACUGGUAUUUAGAUUCCUUUCGUGAUCUUCGAUCAUUUCCGGAGAUUAAGGAUUCAAAAGAUGAGUUGGCAUUCACACAAAUGAUAAAUAAAAUCAAAGUUAGACAUAACAAUGUCGUUCCUGCUAUGGCCAUGGGCAUCAAACAACUGAAGAAUGAUUUAGGUCGAAAGGUGGAGCCCGGUGAUCUUCCAGAGAUACACCAGUUUCUUGAUCGUUUUUACCUGUCAAGAAUUGGAAUUCGCAUGCUUAUAGGGCAACACGUGGCUCUUCAUGAACCCAACCCUUCACCUGGGCAAGUGGGUCAAAUAUGGACUAACUUAUCACCUAUCGAAGUUGCUAAAAAUGCUGCAGAAGAUGCACGUAGCAUUUGCUUACGUGAGUAUGGGAGUGCACCAGAGGUUCAGAUAUAUGGUGACCCAAAUUUCACAUUCCCCUAUGUGCCUACACACUUGCAUCUGAUGGUGUUCGAAUUAGUUAAAAAUUCCUUGCGUGCAGUUGCUGAGAUGUUCAUAAACUCUGAUAAGGAAGCACCUCCAGUCAGAAUAAUAGUUGCUGAUGGAAUAGAAGACGUGACAAUCAAGAUCUCUGAUGAAGGCGGUGGAAUACCAAGAAGUGGGCUGCCAAGGAUUUUUACUUACCUGUAUAGUACAGCAAACACAGCAUUGGAUGAGCAUUCAACUGCAGAUGAAGUUACUAUGGCUGGAUAUGGAUAUGGGCUUCCAAUAAGCCGCCUUUAUGCAAGGUACUUUGGAGGUGAUUUGCAAAUAAUAUCUAUGGAAGGAUAUGGUACAGAUGCAUAUCUUCACUUGUCACGGCUUGGAGAUUCACAGGAGCCAUUGCCUUGAUUCUGGAAGCAUGGGUCGAGGCUUUCUUCAUUCUAUGAAGUUCUCUUUUGUUUCUUCAAAUUCUGCACUAACAUGACGAUUUCAUGAUUGGCCCUGCUAAUUUUCUCCUGUAGAGGAGCGUGUGGUGUGUGAUGACACAUCUAUGGUGUAUCACUUCCAGCACUUCCGCUGGAUUCAAUUUUAUAUACACUCUCUCUCUCUCUC